AAAAUGGGCCACGCUUCCGGGGUCCUCACUCAAUCUCAUGGGCCCCGCCAACAUCCUAUAGGGUACUCCUCCUGCAUGCUUGACCCUGUUGCCAGAGGGGGUCCUUCCUGUUUGCGUGCCGUCUUCGCUGCAAGUGCCCUUCUCAACAAAACCAACGAUUUUGUUCUUGGCCAUAAGCUCACUGUUUUGGCCCCUCAUGACAUUGCCGCUAUCCUCAACCAAGUUCAACCGAAACAUCUCUCUUGUCAACGGCACCUUUGCCUUCAAACUUCUCUCCUUCUACCCGAUAAUGUCACUUUGCAACGUUGUUACACCCUGAACCCGGCCACUCUUCUGCCCCUUCCCAAGGGGGGAGUUCCACAAUACUGGUAUAGUCUACACAUACAUCCUGAUGACUACAUGGAGCUGCACAUCGAAAGACCUACAAUUUCGCAUGAUGAACAACCUGAAACACAACUACAUUGCACCCUGUGGUUUUUGGACGCUCCAGGGCCUGAUCUCCAGGGACUAUUUAGCCUGGUGGAAGUGCAAAUUACACUGACAGCCUUGUUCUGUGACUCCAAGGGGAACAUUGUCAUCCUAGUCUGUCUACCGAUGGAGGUAUCACACCUGCAUUGCCACUGGGAAGUGGCUGUUCCCCAUGUUUUGUUUACUAAGUCCUCAGAUCUCACAUGGAAGGACCUUGGGCCAACUGCAACUUACAGCGACAGGGGUCACCAAGAAGACUAUAAACCACGAAACACUUGGUUACCCUCGAUACCCUCAAUACCAAACAGAGGUAUGUGGAGAAAUGCCUCCUACAGAGCCAGACCCAGAAGCUCCACAUGAUUGUUUCGAACAAAUGAAAAUGGAAACUACUCAUCUCCCCACAGUGCAUGAAACCGCUUUACCAAACCCCGAUUGCAUACUGUUCGUGGACGGUUCCACAUUUGCAGACGAACAGGGUCAAUAUCAUACUGGAUAUGCAGUCACCACCAAAGACCGAGUACUCCGAGCAUCUUCACUUCCUCCCUCUAAGUCCGCUCAAGAAGCUGAGCUAAUAGUUCUCAUAACGGCAUGCAGAAUAUCGGAAGAAAAACGUAUAAAUAUCUACACAGACUCCAGGUAUGCCCUAGGAGUAGCGCAUGACUUUGGCUUAAUCUGGAAGACCAGAGGAUUCCUCACAGCAGCAGGUACUCCUGUGAAACACGGUGAGACUAUUAAUGAAUUAAUGGACGUAUUGUUAUUACCAACCAACGUGGCUAUUUUGAAAGUCAAAGCUCAUGGGAGAUUGAAUUCAGAAGAAGCACUGGGUAAACAUUUGGCCGAUCAAGCAGCUAAAGAUGCAGCACGACAAAAGUGGGAAGUGGACAGAAGAGUGGCCGACGAAAUAGCCCUCAUUUGUAACCUACAAACCUUACCCACUGACCUCAAAUUUCUGAGAGAGCAACAAGAUGCUGCUACCCCGCAAGAAAAACAGAGUUGGAAGGACAGAGGAGCAAUUAUCCAGAAUGACAUAUACACCAUAAGAUCCAAGUACUGCUUGCCCAGAAAUAUGUAUCCAGCUGUUGUCCAAUGGGCUCAUGGACCAGCACAUCUAUCCAAACAACUUAUGAACUCCUUGAUUGAUAAGUAUUUCGAGGCACCUAGGAUUAUUACCCUCACUCAGAACUAUUGCCAGUAAUGCAUGAUCUGUGUUAAAUGCAACCCAGGGAAAAUAAUUAAAACGGCACCAAAUCAUUUGGCAAAACCUUUUUCAAAGAAUCCAAAUUGAUCAUAUCCAAAUGCCGAAGAGCGGCCAUUACGAAUAUGCGCUAGUCAUAGUGGACAUGUUUUCAGGAUGGCCAGAAGCCUUCCCAGUCACUAAACUUACCACAAAAACUACAGCUAAACAUCUACUCACUGAAUUCAUCUGCAGAUACGGAGUUCCUGAAGUAAUAGAAAGUGACCAAGGAACGUCUUUUACUGCAUUAUUGACUAAAGAAAUCUGGGCAGCACUGGGGGUGACCCUUGCCUUUCACACACCCUAUCAUCCACAAAGUAGUGGUAAGGUAGAACGCAUGAAUGGCACUCUGAAAGCCAGGAUGCUAAAAAUGUCACAAGAAACUAACUUACCUUGGCCGGAGAGUCUUCCUAUAGCACUUUUCAGUGUAAGGUAUACUCCAAGAGGAAAAUUGAAUCUAUCCCCCUAUGAGAUUAUGUUCGGGACAGCGCCCAGGUUAGGUUGUUAUUUCCCGCAGCAGCUACAACUUCAGUCAGAUGCAAUGAUAGACUACAUAACUGCACUUUCUCAUGCCUUAACCAAAAUCCAUGCACAGGUGUUUUCUUCUAAUCCAGAUCCAGAAUCCAACACAGGCACACACAAAUUACUUCCCGGUGAUUGGGUUAUGGUCAAGAAAUUUUUAAGAAAACACACUCUUGAGCCAAGAUUCGAUGGUCCAUACCAAGCAUUAUUGACUACAGCAACUUCUGUAAAGUUGGCGGGGAAGAACACUUGGAUACACAUCUCGCAUUGUAAAAAGGUUCCUGCCCCAGAGGAAGUGGAUCCUGCACCAACAUGAGUCUUUUGUAUUUAUAUUUGCUGCUAGGCCUCUUGGAGGCCCAACAAGUUGCUAUUACCAAAGAUAAUCAUGCCUAACACACAUGUGGCUUCGUACACCUUUGACUACUGUGAUAUUGUUGCUUGUAUAUUUCCACACUCACUACAUUCAACUAUAUACAAAGACAUACCAAAUAAAAAGGAGCCCUACAUUUGUGUGACAGGCGGGCAUUGGGGACAUCAUUGUAGUUCAUGGAAGGCAGCGGGUUGGAAUACGGGCCGACCAUGGGGCUACAAACCACAGACCGCCCUAGAUUGGGUUGACAGACAUGGGAAACGUCUAUAUACCGAAUGACAUUAUGCAAACCAACAGGAUCCACUCCGAUAAAGUUGACUUUAAACAUAGAACAUCCAAGUCCAGGUGACGCUGGAGAGUAUGUAAUGGGAAUGUAUUGGAAAGGGGGUGGCUCGUACAAUAAAUUGGGGACAUUCUACCUGCAAGACAUGCUCAACUCACCAGACUGGGUAGGAUCGACACACAUGACGAUAAAUCCACUGAAACCACACAUCAAGACGCUCAAAGACAUGGUGGCUAUUGCCAAUCCUACAUUUGAGGAUACCAUGGCUGUGGAAACAGGUUUUUCAGAUACUAAUCUAUGGCUUGAAUGGAUGAGAUACAAUGCUAACUCACAUAAUAAAACAAAUUGUUAUGUUUGCGGAGGGGCUAGGCCUCACCUAGAUACAGUGCCCUUUAAUUUACCAAUAGAUGUUGAAACAUGCUUCUUAAGUCUUUAAGCACAGACAACUGUAAAUUCUUCAGCGUGUGAGUCCUGGAAGAAGACUUACCCAAUCACUCAAGGAAACACUAAACCACCGGACGGUGUUACUGUAUAUCCAGGUAAUUACACUUGUUAUACGAUACAUGAAACCACGGGUAGAUCUGUAGGUAAAUUCCCCCCAGGUUAUUGUGCAACCUAUCAGAAUCCGCCUACGACAUUACUAGUAAACCAGAUUAAGUCCAUAUGAGACAUUUAUUGGCUAUGUGGUGACAUGCAACUUAGAACUAGGAUUUUGGUUUGUGGGUUGGAGAAUGUACUCUAACCAAAGUAAAUAUGCCUAUCCAUAUCUUCCCUGACAAUCAUCAUGGCUCAUAUGAUUCUUCGAAUACCCACUUUAGAGUAAAAAGAGACAGUCCAAUAUGGGGAGUUUUGACCCACACGUAUGUAUAGAUGCCAUUGGAGUACCUAGGGGGGUACCAAAUGAGUUUAAGGCCAGAGAUGAGGUGGCCGCAGGGUUUGAAUCCUUAAUUCCGCUUAUUACUGCCAAUAAAAACGUCAAUUCGAUCAAUUAUAUCUACUACAAUCAACAACGCUUUGUUAAUUACACCCGAGAUACUUUACAAGGCUUAGCCGAGCAGUUGCAGGCUACCUCUCACAUGACAUUCCAGAACAGGAUAGCCCUAGACAAGAUCUUAGCAGAAAAGGGGGGUGUGUGUAAGAUUCUCCCUGAGACAAUGACAUGUUGUACUUACAUCCCAGAAAAUAUUGGUCCUAAUGGUAAGGGGACAAUGGCUAUAGAAAGAUUAGAGAGUCUCUCUGAUGAAUUAAAAAGAAACGUAGGGGUUCCUAACUCCUGGGACAAAUGGUUUGGAAGGAUGAGUGGUUGGCAAAGGACUCUUUUCCAAAUAGGAAUGGCAGUCCUUUUCUUAACUUGCUGUGUGGUUCCAUGUGCACAGAAGUAUCUACAAAAGACUGUAGACCAGACAAUUGACCAUACAACUCCCAUAUACAUACACCAGGAUGCUGAUGACAUUGAUAUUGAUACUCCACAGACACCACUUCAGUCCCAUCAGAUUAAACAGACAGCCACUGCCACCAUCUUGUAGGUAUAGUUUAGGGAUAGCGUCUGUCUCUACGGGCAAGAGUCUGACGCAGGAGAUGUAGUGGAGUAGCCGCUGCGGGAUACCUGCGCAGUGAAGUGUUUGAGGCCUGUUAAGACAGAUGAGCUGCAGCCAAAUUAGGGACAUUAUUAGGAACAGUUGGUGGUAGGUUGUUUUCCUUUGUAAAUAGCCAUUUUAAGGGGGGACUGUUGUGGACAUAAAUAUGAAUUUAGUUUAUAUUAGUAAAAUGCCUAUUUAAUCAGCAUUAUUCAAUCUUCAUGUGAUUAACUAAAAUGGCCGCUGGGGAGUUUCCCCUGUAACAUCGACUAACUACCUCGUGUAACAAGAUGGCACUGGAGUCUGGGGGAGACCCUCAUGAUACCAGUAACAUCAACCCUUGUAGGCAGAGUAUUAGAAGAACCACUUAACACCUAACCAAUUAAUGAUGUAUUAUUUCAUGUUAUCUCUGACAAUGCAUAUGAUGUAAUUCUGCUUUAAAAAGGGGCUUGCUAUCCCCUCUGAAUAAACAUUCCUAAGUUUUUCAUUAACCAGAAACUUGUGUCCGGUGUGAAAUUACUUCAGGAGCGUGCACGCAGAUACACAAGAUAAUCAAUUUAUUGAUUGAUUUCCAUUUCAGGGAGCAGUAUGUGAAUGGGGAGCAGCAUGUGUAUAGGGGAUCAGUAUGUGUAUGGGGGGCAGUGUAUGUGUAUGGGCAGUGGCGUACACAUGACCCAUGGGGCCCCGGUGCGAAAAUUGAUCCGUGGGCCCCACUGGCCGGGCGGGGGCAACACGGCGGGCGGCACCUGGUCGUGCAGGGGUUGCAGGGCUGCACCCUGCGAUCGCAGUAUGCACACACACUUAAAGGACCACUACAGACACCCAGAUCACAUCAGCUCAAUGAAGUGGUCUGGGUGCCAGGUCCCUCUAGUUUUAACCCUGCAGCUGAAAACAUAGCCGUUUCAGAGAAACGGCUAUGUUUCACUGAGGGUUAAUCCAGCCUCUGGUGGCUGUCUCAUUGACAGCUGCUAGAGGAGCUUCCGCAAUUCUCACUGUGAAAAUCACAGUGAGAAGACACUGAACGUCCAUAGGAAAGCAUUGAGUAAUGCUUUCCUAUGGGCGGUUUAAAUGCGCGCGCGCCUCUUGCCGCGCAUGUGCAUUCGGAGCUGAGAGGCGGAGGGAUCCCCAGCGCCAAGGGAGUCCGAUGCUGGAGAAAGUUAAAUGCUGAAGAGACACACACACACUCUCAUGAAUAGACGCAUACACACUAGCUAACAGACAAACACAUUUACUGACAGAGACACACUCAGUGACAGACAUACAUACACACUCACUUACAAAACAUACACUUUCACUGACAAACACACACUCACUAACAGACAUCAAACACACUCAGUAACAGACACACACAGUAACACACUCACUAGCAGACACACACCCAAUAACAGACACACUCACUGACACACACACUCAAACACAAACACACACAAACACUAACACACACACACACUAACACACACACACUAACACACUAACACACAUACACUUUUUAAAAAAAUUUUAAUCCCCCCAGCCUCCUUACUUUUUGGAGAGCUGAGGGGAUUCCCUGGGGUCCAGUGGUGCUGCUGCUGGGCGGGCGGCCGGGCUGGCUGUCUGGGUGGCCGGCGCGCGAGGGAGCACUCUCCCCUGAGUGCUUCCUCUUCAGCUCCCUCGCACACCGCACUGAUCCCGGAGCCGGAAGAUGAGGGAGCUGAAGAGGAAGCAUACAGGGGAGAGUGCUCCCUCACGCGCCGGCCACCCAGACAGCCAGCCCGCCCGAUGACAGCAGGGCCAGCCUGGGGGGGCCCUGAGGUAGCCGGCUCCUGGGCCCCCCAGGGGAAAAGGCUGGCCCAGGGGCGUACAUACCGGGACGCAGGGGUGGCCGGGUCCCCUGGUGGGCCGGGCCUGGUUGCAGCCGCGACCCCUGCGACCCUGGUAUGUACGCCACUGUGUAUGGGGGCAGUAUGUGUAUGGGGGGCAGUGUGUGUGCAUGGGGGGCAGUGUGUGUGUAUGAGGGCAGUAUGUGUGUAUGGGGGGCAGUAUGUGUGUAUGGGGGCAGUGUGUGUGUGUAUAUGUGUGGGGGCUGUGUGUGUAUGUAUGGGGCAAUGUGUAUGUGUAUGUGUGUGUAUGGGGGCAGUAUGGGGGAAAUGUGUGUGUAUGGGGGGGCAGUAUGGGGGGCAGUGUGUGUGUGUAUGGGGGGGCAGUGUGUCUGUAUGGGGGCAGUGUAUAUGUGUAGAGUGUGUGUGUGUGUGUAUGUGAUAAGGGUAGGGAGGCUUUUUUUAUAAUAUAUAUAUUUUUUUUUAUUUAAUAAAAAGCUCUCUGCCAGAACGAACUGUUGGCACUCAAGUACCGUGAUAAAAAGGAGGUUUUCAUCCUAACUACCAUCCACGGUGAAAACACUCGCAGGGUCCCAGUUCGUGGCAGAGAGGAAUUUAAACGAGUGCCAGUCUGCAUACAGCAAUAUAAUCGGCAUAUGGGGGGAGUUGACCUGUCAGAUUAACUAAUGCAGCCGUAUUUGAUCAUGCGAAAGACCAGGGCAUGGUAUAAAAAAGUGGGCAUAUAUAUAUAAUGCAGACAGCAGUCCACAAUGCCUUUUGACAUUUUAAAAAAGGCAAAUGCUGAGCUGAAAAGCACUUUUCUUUCAUUCCAGUUUCAGCUCAUUUCUGGGCUACUUGAGUGCCACACAAGGAGACCAUCAGUGGAGCCUAGCAGAAGAAUGGAGGCAGGUCACUUCUGCUUUAAGAUUCCACCAACCCCUAAAAAAACAAAACCCCCAGAAAAGGUGCAGGGUGUGUUACAAGAGGGGCGUAAGAGCUGAGACCAGCUAUUACUGCCCUGAUUGCCCCUCUCAGCCCGGCCUAUGUAUUGCCCACUGUUUUAAAAUUUUUCACACCCAGGCCGAAUAAGCAGACCAGUUUUGGGGUGUGAUUUUAGUCAUCUGUCUGAUUGGUUACCGAAUCUUGGCUUUGCCUCUCUGUUAUGAUUGCCCCCGGUCUAGCAGGGGAGUUGAUCGCUUGGAUGUCCUGGUUCCCGCAGUCAGAGAGUCGAACGUAGUUUCCUUCGGUAGAAUCUGCAAGUGUAGAAUAUCCCACUAGGGAAGAGAGUGCUAGUAUUCCCGGAUCCCUACAACACGAGUCGAGGCUGCGAGUUGAGGGUCAAAACGAACUAACUUUACUGGCACACAAACAUGGCAAUUUAUACAAUUCCUCAGAUCCAAGGACAGCCCCCUAUGGACCUGAUGGGAUACAGGUACAGUACACGAAGUUGACCAAUCACAAUACAAUGUAUCAUUUGAAUUAGUGCCCGCCCAGCUUGGAGAUAAUGAGGCCAACGGUUAUACAAUCUAAUUAUCUCCAAGCGCACAAAAGACCACGUUUUAUUAUGUCCCAUAAAACAGUAUAAAAAUGCAUAACUUUAACGUUUUGGGGAGAAAACGGUUCAUUCCACCAUUCAUUCGAUAGCUCGGUUCCGGGCACAUUAAGUAUACGAAUUGCGACCAGACCCCAUGACCGGAAUGGGCGAUUUCUGCCGUAUAAAGUCUGGUUCGGCACUUUGGUCGUUAGUCCCUGAUGGCGGCCAUGCUUUUAGGCUGUUCAAUAGGCAGCGGGACCUUGAUUCAACACUUAUGGAACGGAAAUCGGAUACAUAGUCAUACGAAUCCCCGCUAUCAGUCUGGUUGUUCCGACCGCUCGGCACACGAACUGGGACCGCCCCGUAGGGGGGUACUUGACCUGCGGUUAACCGCAGAAACCACAUUCUAAUUGCUGCCACACGCCAAACUGUAGGUGGUCGCUGUUCGUGAGUCUCUCGGCAGCUUCCAUUCGGUAAAUUGUAUACGAAUGCAGAUCCUCCGGGAUCGUCAAUUAGUUUGUGGUUAACCGCAGACCGCAGUGCCUUGGGUGGUUAAUGAGCGACACACUCCGCUCGUCAGGUG